AUGGGCCCGCCACAUCGCACCUCACGAGGGAAUGCUCAACAGAAUCAAUUGAGGGACACGCUUCUCGAACAGGUAUUUUCUAAGGGUAUAAUUGGUUCUGAUGUUAUCCGAAGGAAUCAAACGGAAAUUGGAUGGGAAUCGGACUUUCAAAUUGACGACCAAUUCUGCGUGACAGCCUUAAGGAUGAGGAUUGAUCGUGCAACUCAUAUGAUUCCAGAUGGUGUAUUUCAAUGGAGCAAGUGGAUUCCAAACAAAGUAAAUUGUUUUAUAUGGAGAGCAAGAAUGGACCGCAUUCCAACUGCGGUUGCUCUUGAUCAAAGAGGGGUACAUGUUCAUUCUACACAAUGCAGUGCUUGCGUCUCAGGAAUGGAAUCAGCAGACCAUUUGCUCCUUAAAUGCCCAUUUGCUGCUGAUCUAUGGAACCGGAUCUGGGAAUGGUGUGGUAUCACACCAAUGAUAUUUCCUAGUAUAAAGGAGAUGCUAACUUAUAUUGCAAUGACUUGGAAAUGCCCAAACCGCAGAUCAACAUUACUCUCAGUCAUAGAGGGCACUAUGGGGUAUAUGGCGAGCGAGGAACGAUAG